AUGCGUGGUGCCGAGACUGGUAACGCCCAUGAGUCGGACCAUGUCCUCGUCCGUACACGCCUGAAAGUUAAUCUCUCAUCCGCGACAAAAAUGCCACGUUCUAGACAGCUCGAUGUCGAAAAAAUCCGGCAAACCAGCACUGCCGAGGCCCUGAGCAGAGAAAUCCAGAACCGUCUUACGACUCGAGCCGACGGAGAAGUCAGCAACGAGUGGUCUUCACUAAAGACGUCAGUCUAAUGGGCUGAUGAAAAAAGCCGUGGAUGCACCCAGCGACGCCGCAGUGGAUGGAUCAGCGGAAGAACCCUGCAGUUGUCCGCUCGGACGACUCGAUGCAGGUCCCGUAACGAUGACUACUUCCGCGAACUUCAGAAGAUGACGGCAAAAUCGGCCAGGGAUGACCGGAAGCAAUAUUGGACUGAAAUAGCGACCUCCAUGGAACAGGCCUCGAGCCUUGGUGACACACGAAAACUCUGCAAACGUAUUCGCCAAGUUGGCAGUAAGCCCUCCACACUGCGUGAUUCAGUUUGCGACGUGAACGGCGGCUUUCUUGCUGACAACCCGGCCAAAGUCGAGCGCUGGCGUGAGCACCAUCUCAACUUCGAUACCCAACCUAUCUCGCUCUUGCUCUCCUCUUCAGCGGAGUUUUUUUCCUCUCUCACCUCUGCAGUGCCAUUCGACCCCUCGACUCUCUGAAGGAGAAGUCGUCGACGUCAUACAAAAGUUACGCAACAAUAAGGCACCUGUGGAGGACGGUAUACCCGCUGAAACCUUCAAGUCUUGUGUUGACACUCUGGCACCGUGGCUUCAUGGGGUGAUUGAACGAGCGUGGAGAGACGAGGUUGGUCCUGAUGACUGGGGCUUAGGCAUCCUUGCACUUAUCCUCAAGAAGGGAGAUAAGACGAGAUGCGAGAACUACCGCGGCAUAAGUCUCAUCGACGUUGCUGCGAAGAUCUUCGCUAUUGUCCUACUCAGGCGAUUCCAGGCUGUGCGUGACUCAAGGACGAGGCCCAACCAAGCCGGAUUUCGUGCUGGACGUGGAUGCGCAGACCAGAUAUUCACACUGAGGCGCAUUCUCAAAUUUCGCCAUAGCCACCAACAAACGACGGCCGUCUGCUUCAUUGACUUUGCCGCGGCGUUCGAUUCCGUUCAUCGUGAGUCCCUGUGA